CCUCUGCCCUCUCCCACGCCAACACCGCCCCACCAGGCAGCGAGGCAGGCACACAGCGAGCGCGCGAACGAGGGAGACAUGGCCCACUCGCCGUCGGGAUCGCGCGCGGCGGCGCCGUCGACCGGGGACGAGGCCUUCACCGACGCGGGGGCGGAGGACGUCGGCGACUCGAAGCUCUCCGCGCUCCUCUUCGACGUGUCGCAACAGGUGCAGAGCGGUCUCCAGAACAUGCUCAAGAUGAGCAGCGAGAUCGAGCGUUGCGACGGCGAGAUCGAGGCGGAGGUGGAGCGCGUCAGGGACGCCGUGGCGGAGAAGGGCCGGGCGCUGGACGACGACCGGGAGAGGGUCCAGAAGGCCGUCCUCGCCGCGCUCGACAUCCUCAGCGGCGGCCGCGGCUGCGUCUGAACGGAUGCGCGCGACAGACCAGACACAGUUCGUGCAAGAUUCCACCUCCAUCUGAGAAUGUCGUCGCCAGUGUGCUGUUACUGUUAUCCCUCGUAGUAGUCACAGACUGAUGAUGGUGGUGGUAGUUUUGGCUCCGUGCAGGUUAGGUUCUUGCUUGGUGGAAUGGAAGGACUCCGUAGUUUCAUGCUUGCCCCUUGCACUGCUGUAACAGAGGAGUUUUUUUUUAGAUCAGGAACAGAGGAGUUCGGAACUUGAGAUGUGCAUGGUAUGAUCGACGGAGAUAGUAUGUUCCCCUGGAUAGUGAUAGAUGCUGUAAACAGGUAGUAUUGUACGUAGUAAGGAUCUUUUGGACCUGAGACUAGUGGGCCUGUUCGCUUCAGCUUAUAAGCCGACUGAAAAGUUAAAAUAGCUGAUUUAUUGUGAGAGAAAAAUACUGUUUGGUGGUGGCUGAUAAGUCAGCUGAAUAAGCUGAAGCGAACUGGUCGGCGAACAAGUCCAGUGUGAUUCUGCGGCCCUGCCGCCGUUCUGCAAACAAAACUUUCGACA